GUGCGGCCCCUUUAAGAGAGGUUGAAAUGGUCGUUUGCGCAGACAACUGUGGAAUUUACUGAGGAAAAAGAAAACAUAAGCUUGCUGCUUUAAUAUUUCAUCGACAACGACUGAACUAUGACGUAUAUUAAGGGGUGAGUGAGGUGUAUCGUACUCCUCCCUAGGAUGGACAGUUAUUUUAAGGCUGCUGUGUGUGACCUGGACAAGCUGUUGGAUGACUUUGAACUCAAUGCAGAGGAGCUUGAUAACAAGCCUGCCACAUUUGCAAGUCCUUCAUAUCUGGACUCCGCACAUUUCCCUGGUCAUCAUGCCGGCCUUCAGAUCUUCAAACAAGAGCAACACACAGUCUCACAAAUACUCCCAGAUGUCAAUGCACUACACUAUGGAUUAACAUCGCAAAGUAUCUCCUUAAACCAAAAUGAUUCUUACUCCAUUGAAAGGCCGCUCACAGGCGUGGACCUCCUGUCCUCUGUUGACAGCAGAGGUCUCAAAAGUUCUGCACCUCCUUGUCCAGACAGGUCUUUGAAACCUGUGUGUGACCUGGUGAACGAUACAGGAUCUACUAAGCUCCAGCAGGCUGAUGGUCAUGAAGACUUUAAAGAGCUGGACGUUACUGAGAAACAAACUGAUGAGGAACUUCUAGUGGACUUUGAGAGUCCAGUUGUAUCUUUUUCAGAUGAUGUUCCAAAGUCCAACCAUGUUGAACGGAAACAUGUCUUUGAGGUUCCUCCAAGUUCCUUUAGCUUGCUUGAUGUCAUAUUACCAGCCGGUUCAGACAAGAUUACAGAACCUCUGAAUGCUUCAGUUAAUGCAAUACCUUUAGAAAACAAACAAACAGACAUCCAAAGUACCUGUCUUGAAGACUCCAACUCAGAUGACCCAAGUAUUGCUCCAAGCAGUGCUCCAUGCAGUCUAGAGAAUGAGGAAGUUGUUAGUAAUUCAGGUUCUCACACUACAGACGAGGAUAUUUUAGCAACCAAUGAUACUGUGUCAUUCCAGCCUGACUCAAUGGAUACACAACCUUCUGAAGAUGACGAUGUCAAAAAUCCAGAAGAUCCAUCCGGAAGUCCCCCCUUGGAGAUGGAACCUUCUCUGUCCUGCUUGCCAAUGGCCGUAUCUAUGUGUGGGUCUCUUGUGGCAUAUUUAGAACCUCAGGAGACAACAUUGAUUGAAACCAAAGAUGAGGCUGAACCGGAAGAAACCUCAGCCAUUAAGGAGGCUGAAGGGUUAAUUCUUCCGUUAGAAGAGCCUGUAACUCCAUUCUCCACCUUUAGGCCUGAUUCAUCACCUGAAGAUGAACCUGAGCUGGUCCAGAUUAUGUCUAAUUCUGAAGGGGCUACUGCUGUCUUGGGUCAUUACCCUGAAAGAAACUUUAAGCGCACCUUAUCCCCAACAGAGAAAAUAACUUGUAGAGAUUCUUCUCCCUAUUCAGAGAGCCCAAAUUAUUCAUACGAGUUUGGAAUCGCCAACGAUUACCUUCCUGAAAGUGACCAGACCAGUAGGAUGGUAACGGACGAAGAACUAGAUGCCUUUUUAAUGGGUCAAGGUGUGAAAAUCAACUCCGACACGGCCACAGAAACAUUUGUAGAUGAUGGUUUUUCAGAAUAUAAUGGAGAUGUGGAUGGAGAUGCCUUUUUACAUGGGGAGUUGCAGAGCUGUAAAGUAGAGACGUUUGCUUCACCUGAGAGUGAUGGUUCGUUUCAAUAUUUAGAGGAGAGUGAAGGCUCGAAUAUUUCUUCUUCUCAGGACAGUAGUCCGUUGAGAACAGACUCCACACAAACAGUUAGCCAUGAAAGCAUAACCAACCCUGUUGCAAUUCAGUCCGAUUGCUCCUCCAACCAAGAGUCAAAUUAUGGAGGUGCAAGACCAAAGCAGUUGUCCAAUCAAACCAUACGACACAAAACCAGCCAAGCUGAAGCCGAAGCGAUUAGCCCUGAGACGGAGACUGGGACUCAAGUUUCAUCUAUGGUGCACCCAACCCCCAACCAGGAUGAACAUAACUUUGAUCACCCCUCUCAUCCGCAAUAUGAGGCCAGUUAUGGUCACGACGAGCUCUCAGAACCUCCGCCUUAUCCUGGAGAGAUACUGGAGGAUGGGGAAGCUUCUCUAGAUCAGCCAGGAAAUGAGGCAGAUGGUUUGGGAUCAAAGCAACCUCCAUGGGUCCCAGAUUCUGAGGCUCCCAACUGCAUGAAUUGUGGGCAAAAGUUUACCUUCACCAAGAGGAGACACCAUUGCCGGGCAUGUGGAAAAGUGUACUGUGCAGGCUGCUGUAACCGUAAAUGCAGACUGAAAUAUCUAGAGAAAGAGGCCAGAGUUUGUGUCACCUGCCAUGUUACCAUACAGAGAGCUCAAGCCCAUGAGAGGAUGAUGAGCCCCACUGGGCCCAGUCCCAAUCCCAACAUCCCAUCAGAGUACUGUUCCACCAUACCACCCAUGCAACAGGCCCGUGCUGCCGGAACCCUGAACUCUCCCCCACCCACCGUCAUGGUCCCCGUGUCUGUCCUCAAGCACCCCGGUAAUGACGGUUUUCCACGUGAACAGAAGCAUGUGUGGUUUGCUGAUGGUAUUUUACCUAACGGUGAGGUAGCGGACACCUCCAAACUCUCUGUACAGACCCGAAGAUCCUCUCAGGAGUCCAGUCCAGUUACACCAGAUCCGCCGGGGACUGAUGUUAUAUUCCCUGGUGAGACUGGCGAGGGUGGUGAGGGUGCUCAGGUCUGUAACGACAGUCCUGCUGAGGUGAGACGCCCGCCCAUCAGGGGACCGUGGGACUACGCGCUGCUCUGUGGGGUGGGCAGCUGUGUGCAGAGAGGGGUCAGUCUGGUGCCUGAGGAUGAUGAAGGUCUACCUCCACUGCUCAUUACCACAGGAGAGGAGGAAGAUGGGGAUUUAUUAGUUGAGGAACGUCCCGCUGUUUGCCAGAUAUUGCUGCUAUUGGAGGAGGGAGGCCCACGACCUUUGACCUUUGUGCUCAAUGCCAAUUUACUGAUGAACAUCAAGCUCGUCACAUAUUAUGGGCAAAGGUGCUGGUGCUUGAGUUCUAAUGGUCUUCAGGGAGUUGGACAGAAGGAACUGGUGUUUAUAAUUGAGUGUCUCCCAGAAGAAAACAGUCUGCCUAAAGAUGUAGUCAAUCUGUAUGUUAGUAUAUACCAGGAUGCACAGAAAGGGAAAUUCAUCGAGCACCUUAGCAAUGUGACGUUCACUGACAGUUUUCUGGGCAGUAAAGAUCACGGCGGCGUGGUGUUCUUCUCUCCCAGUUUCCAACCGGUGGAUGGUCUGGCUCUGCCAGAGGUCUCUUUCCUCUGUGGGGUUCUGAUUCAGAAGCUCGAAGUGCCCUGGGCCAAAGUGUUUCCCCUUCGACUGCUGCUUGCAAUGGGGGCGCAAUACAACGUUUAUCCCUGCCCACUGGUGAGCGUGCGUUUCCGUGAGUCAGUAUUUAAAGAGACGGGACACACCAUCAUGAAUCUGCUCACUGACCUGAGGAACUACCAGUACAGUUUACCAGUGGUGGACAGUCUGAGAGUACACAUGGAGAUGGGCAACAGCUAUAUUGACAUUCCCAAGACCAGGUUUAAUGAGAUGUUGAAAGUGGUGAACUCCUCCAACGAGCACGUGAUUAGUUUUGGUGCCUGUUUCAGUACAGAGGCAGAUUCUCAUCUGGUUUGCAUGCAGAAUGAGGACGGAAGCUACCAGACACAAGCCAACAGUAUUCCAGGAAAGACCAGGAGAGUGACUGGAGCAAGUUUUGUGGUGUUUAAUGGUGCUUUGAAAGCUUCAUCAGGAUUUAUUGCCAAAUCAAGCAUCGUGGAGGAUGGGUUAAUGGUGCAGAUUCCUCCCGCGACCAUGGAGGGCUUGCGGCAGUCGCUCCGAGACCAGACAGACUUCAAGAUCCCUUGUGGAAAGGUGGAUUCUGAAGAGACACGGGAAAAUGUGAAUGUACGCUGGGUCGACUGGACAGCACCCUUCAACACUGGCAUCACCAGUCCAGUAGAUGGCAGAUCUCUAGAGGGUGUAUCCAGUGUAAAGAUCCAGCAGGAUUCUGAGUUUGAGAUGGAUGGCAGAAUUAUCAGGUGUACUGAGGUCUUCUAUCUGCUGAAGUCCUCAAACAUCUCUCUGUCUGCUGUUCUCACGUCAUCCGCUCAAUUCCAGAGAGAGAUCGCCACUGCCAGCUGUGCAGCUCUCUGUCCACACCUCUCUGUGCUCAUGGCCAAUGGAAUCAACGCUCUUGCGCUCAGAGUCUCCACCGACUCGGACAUGGUUGAGUACCAGGCUGGUUCUGGUGGCUGCCUCCUGCCUCAGAAGUAUAUGAAUGAUCUGGACGGGGCCCUGAUUCCUGUCAUCCACGGAGGAAGCUCCUGUGUCCCCCACCAGGCCAUGGACAUGGAGUUCUUCUUCUACAUCACUCAGAGCAUUUGAAGCUGGUGACUUAUAAACUUUUUCUGGAGGCAGCCAAUGGGACAUUUUUGAUCGAAGCCAAUGAAUUGCAGAUGAGAAGAGACAGUCCCAUAUCUGAUCAUCUAUCUGUGUUAGGACCGUUUGAUGCAUUUUAAAGGAAAUAAAAAGGCACUUCACUGAAGUGGAAACGUUGUAGAGAUCCUGGUACUUUAGAUUAAAGCAGAGGUCUUGAAUCGGUGUAAAAACAAUCCGUGAAAGACACAAGAACAUCUUCAGUUGUGUUGCAGGUAUCUGUUAGUCGGAUGCUGGUCGAUGAAUGUAAGUUUGAACACAAAUGGUGAUGUCAGAUAUACUAAGAAUUAUAAUAAUUACUUGAUUGCACACGCAGCACAUCAGAGCUUGUGAUGCACUGUGCAUAUGUCUGUUUAUCCUGAGCAGGAAUCGCAAAUCUGCGGUGCUUUUUGUCCAUCAGUCAUCAUUUAUUGUUACCAUAUGAAGUCGCUUCAUAUGGGCUGAUGGAUCCAUAUGAAGAGUUUGUGUACUGAGUCUUGUACUUUCUAAGUACAGCGUCCUAUGGUUGGUAAUUUGUCUCGGUUUGUCAAGCAUAUUGAGGGUAGGACAGACCUUGGAUUGAUUGUUUAAAUCAUAUAGAUCUGCUAAUUCGAUUAAGCUUUUAUUAAGCUUAAAUUCUAUUUUUGGAACAGUUCCACAUGGUGACUAAAAGUGAUAUUUUUGAUAGGGCUUUUGAAAUUAAUUUUUGCUAAAUGUCUUCAAUUAUAGCCCACAACCGUUGAUUUUAAUCUGCAGCUCAUUCGAGCGCAUAUCUCGAUAUCAUGCGUCUGGAAAGAUUGUCGGUUGUUAGUUUCAAACCGCAUAUUAAGAAACGAACAACAACGAAAAAUAAAUAAAUAGUACAGAAUAUGAUGACCGUUCUGCAUUAACAUUAAUAUAUUUAUUCACAUGCUUCUGCAUUUAUUACCUGGAUGUUGUCGAGAACAAUCCUGGUCAUAUUUCACCCCAAAAUCAAACGACACCAUUAUGAAAUUAAAUUUUGCAUUUUCAGUCCACUAUUAUUAUUAUUUUUUGUAUUGAUACAGUACUUGUGCACCCCUAUAUUCUCAUUACUCUAAUGUGGAAAAAAGAUUACAUAUUUAAAUUUGAAAGUACAUUUGUAAAGUUCAAUUGUAUGUAUUUGUCUUUGUGUGCAAACAGGAUGAUUUUCUGAUAAUUUAAUGAGAAUUUGGGGGUUUAAAUGGCACAAUGCAAAAUCUUUAUGGGCCUAAAAUAAACUUUGUUUUACUUUCAGCAAAAUAUAUAUGUGAGUGACCCGUUAGUUCAUUUUACUGGGGGGGAAAAAUGAAAACCAGCCAUAUAUUAACACUACAAAUAAGCGUAGUAUAUUAUUUUCAAGGUAUUGAAAAAUCUUAUGUGCCUUGAAAGUGAACAACGUGGAAUGAAAAAUAAUUUUCUCAACACAUCUGAACACUUAAUUUUUUUUAUUAGUGUUAUUAAUAAUAUUAUAAUUAUUAUAAUAAUAUUACAAAAAUUUGGUCAAGCCAAUUAAUGAGGCAGUCAAAUAUCUACACCAUACUCCAAGCAUUAAAGUAUCUAAAUAUCUGUCACUUUAAAUGAGUUUGACAGAAUCCAGAACACCUUCCUAUGCUGGAUGAUAUUGCUGAACUUAAGUAGCAGUUUUCUAAAUGCAAUAAAAGGUCAUAAGGUUAACCUUUUUGUGUCCCUAGUCCAUAAUUGUGCGGUUCUCCAAUUGUAAAUCGGCUUAAAAAUGAAAGUCUCUUUUUUUUUUUUUUCUUUCAGGUGAAUUAUGGUUUCUAAAAUCAUAAAUUUUCAUGUGCUGCUCAACGAAAAUCUAAAUUAAAUUCAUUAAUUUAGAAAGUGCACUUUUACUGUUGUUCGUGAAACAAAAGACAGGACAAGUGAUUGUUCAUUAUUUUGAUUUCAUUUUUGUUCAUAAUAGUGAUAAAACAAUAUAAACAGUGAUGACUCCGUUUAUUUGAUAUUUUGUCUUGCAUAUUUAAAUAACCCGAAGGCUUCUACACUUUUACAGACCAAAUACAAAUGCGUAACAAAUACACAUGUGCAUAAAAUACAGAUGAUUGUGAUUUAAAUGUAUUUGAAAUGAGUUUAUAGGCAUCUCAGAUCUGCUCCCGUGUAUUUGGGCUUAGUGGAAUUUUUUGGAAUUUAAAUUAUUUUCUCACUGUUAUUGAUUAAAAUCAUUACAAUUAAAGUAUUUCUAUGCUUUACAUAAAGCUCUUAAAAUGUACCAGUUUGCAUAAUGUAUAUCUAUUUAUUCAUGAAAACCAGAUUUAUUUGAUGAAUAAUCUGGUAUGGGACCGAAGUAUAUUCUUCAAACAACAUUCAUUUCUAAUAUGUAUCUCAUGUAGAAUAAAAUUUGUAUAAAUAUGCGUAAUCAUUGUCAUGCUACUUUCUUAACAUUAUUAUUUUAUUUAUGUUGUUGUUUUGGAGGAU